CGCCGAGCGCCGUCGUGGAGCUGGAGCAAGCGCAGCCUCGUUCCUGCAACCUCUUCCCCGCCGCCCGCAGCCUCCACCCCGCCGCCACCACCACCACCACCGCUGCUACCGCCGCCGCCCCCGGGGCAUGGCCUGUCUGAUGGCCGCUUUUUCGGUCGGCACCGCCAUGAAUGCCAGCAGCUACUCUGCAGCGAUGACGGAGCCCAAGUCCGUGUGUGUGUCGGUGGACGAGGUUGUGUCCAGCAACGUGGACGAUGUCGAGACAGAUCUGCUAAAUGGUCAUCUGAAGAAAGUGGACAACAACUUCACAGAGGCCCAGCGCUUCUCCUCCUUGCCUCGGAGGGCGGCUGUCAACAUCGAAUUCAAGGACCUUUCCUACUCCGUUCCCGAGGGACCCUGGUGGAGGAAGAAAGGAUACAAGACCCUUUUGAAAGGGAUCUCUGGGAAAUUCAACAGUGGAGAGCUGGUGGCCAUCAUGGGUCCUUCUGGAGCUGGGAAGUCCACACUCAUGAACAUUCUGGCGGGAUACAGGGAGACCGGCAUGAAGGGGGCAGUCCUCAUUAAUGGCAUGCCCCGGGACUUGCGCUGCUUCCGGAAGGUCUCAUGCUACAUCAUGCAGGAUGACAUGCUGCUGCCUCACCUCACCGUUCAGGAGGCCAUGAUGGUGUCUGCACAUCUGAAGCUGCAGGAGAAGGAUGAAGGCAGACGGGAGAUGGUCAAGGAGAUCUUGACAGCGCUGGGCUUGCUGCCCUGUGCCAAUACACGGACGGGGAGCCUAUCAGGAGGCCAGCGGAAGCGCCUGGCCAUUGCUCUGGAGCUGGUCAAUAACCCUCCUGUCAUGUUCUUCGAUGAGCCCACCAGUGGCCUGGACAGCGCCUCCUGCUUCCAGGUGGUGUCACUGAUGAAAGGCCUGGCCCAGGGUGGCCGAUCCAUCGUCUGCACCAUCCACCAGCCCAGCGCCAAGCUCUUUGAGCUCUUUGACCAGCUUUACGUCCUGAGUCAAGGACAGUGCGUGUACCGGGGAAAGGUCUCGAAUCUCGUGCCGUAUUUGAGGGAUUUGGGUCUGAACUGCCCUACCUACCACAACCCUGCAGACUUUGUCAUGGAAGUGGCGUCAGGCGAAUACGGUGACCAGAACAGCCGCCUGGUGAGAGCUGUGCGGGAGGGCAUGUGUGACUCGGACUAUAAGAGGGAUCUCGGAGGCGACACGGACGUGAACCCAUUUCUUUGGCACCGGCCUGCUGAGGAGGACUCCGCCUCCAUGGAAGGCUGUCACAGCUUCUCAGCCAGCUGCCUCACCCAAUUCUGCAUCCUCUUCAAGAGGACCUUCCUCAGCAUCAUGCGGGACUCGGUCCUGACACACCUGCGAAUCACCUCACACAUCGGGAUUGGCCUCCUCAUUGGCCUGCUGUACCUGGGGAUUGGGAACGAAGCCAAGAAGGUCCUGAGCAACUCCGGCUUCCUGUUCUUCUCGAUGCUUUUCCUCAUGUUUGCCGCCCUCAUGCCCACUGUUCUGACCUUUCCCCUGGAGAUGAGCGUCUUCCUCCGAGAGCACCUGAACUACUGGUACAGCCUGAAGGCCUACUACCUGGCCAAGACCAUGGCUGACGUCCCCUUCCAGAUCAUGUUUCCCGUGGCCUACUGCAGCAUCGUGUACUGGAUGACGUCACAGCCAUCAGACGCCGUGCGCUUUGUGCUGUUCGCUGCCCUUGGCACCAUGACCUCACUGGUGGCCCAGUCUUUAGGCCUGCUGAUUGGAGCUGCCUCCACAUCUCUGCAGGUCGCCACGUUCGUGGGUCCCGUGACUGCCAUCCCCGUCCUGCUCUUCUCGGGAUUCUUCGUCAGUUUUGACACGAUCCCAGCCUACUUGCAGUGGAUGUCCUACAUCUCCUAUGUCAGAUAUGGCUUCGAGGGGGUCAUCCUCUCUAUCUAUGGCUUGGACCGGGAGGACCUGCACUGUGACAUUGCUGAGACCUGCCACUUCCAGAAGUCAGAGGCCAUCCUGCGGGAGCUGGAUGUGGAGAACGCCAAACUGUACCUGGACUUCAUUGUCUUAGGGAUCUUCUUCGUCUCCCUGCGGCUCAUUGCCUAUUUUGUCCUGAGAUACAAAAUCCGGGCCGAGAGGUAAAACACCUGCAGGCCAGCAAGGAGGCAAAGCAGACAUUGUGACCAAGGGCACUGCUGGGAGACAGCGAUGUGCCUGCUCCUGGUGACACAGACUCUCCCAACCCAACCUGGAGGCCACGCAGGUCGAUGGCGACCAGUGCUCAGCACCUCUGCCCACCGGGUUGGAACUGUUCGUUUCCUUUUCUAGCUUUAACUAGGAAGAUGUAGGACGGUUGGGAUUUUUUUUUUUUAUAUGCAGGAUUUAAAACACAGCUGACACAGAAUGUCAUCCUGUGAUCCAGCUGGGGACAAGAGGCUUCCUCAGUAGGUUCCCGCUGCAGUCCAGGACACCUUGGCCCUGGAGGAGGAGUGCUGGCCACAUUGGUCCCCAGAGAGGUGGAUAUCUUGUGGGGGGGGAAAGUCCACAGAUGGUGGACUCUACUUGAUGGCUGUCGUUUCUUCUUUUCUAAAGUUCGUCUCCUUUCUGAUGAAGUCACUUUCCGAGCCAAAGUCGAUAAAUUUCAUUCAUUUUGAGAGACUGUACCUUUUCCAGUGCUUCUUCAGGACUGGUUCAGGGUAGGAAAGGUGUGUUUUGCUUAGAAAUAGAGGAGUCCCACCUAGCCACCGAGUGAGGCUCACAGCCACAACCACCGAAGGUCAAACGUGGGCUCCAGGCGAGGGAGACCCCCCUACACCAGCUGUGCUGGGCCAGCAGGAACAAAGAGCCAUGCCAACAGUAUGGAGCGGGAUGUUGGCAGGCUCUUUCCAGACCUUUCUUUUUCACAUGCUUCUAUUUUAAGCAAAAUAGAUGAUUUCUUCUAUAGUUUUCUGGCCACUUUCAUUUUGCCCAAGAAGUACAUAGAUCGACCUUGUCGGUUUUUAAAGAACACUUUCCCCUUUCUUCAUGAAUCACGUUAACUACCUCCACUGAGCCUGGGAAGCUGGCCUGGGGACACAUUGGGUGUGGCCCUUGAAAUACGAGGGCAUGUGCAGUGAGGGUGUCAGUGAGGGGCAGGCCGGCUAAGUGGAAGGGGAGGUGCCAUGAUGUCCCCUUUAGGACACGCAGCUGCUUGCUUCUGGAGCACCGCCGUCCUACGAUGGAGUCUCCUGCAAAAGCCUAUAUUUUGUGGGUAGGCCCAUUUACCCCGUGAACCUUGGUUUCCACACCUGUAAGUAAUUGCACUAGGUCGUGUUCUGACAGGUCCUGAGAUGCCUCGGUUGUGGCCUUGAAGCUUUCUUAUCUUCCUCGUAGAGAAUGAUAAGGGUCCGAAUUUUACUUAAACGCAUGGAUGUGCUUUGAAAAUAUUUAGAGAUUCUUUUUAUUUUUUUCACUCCUAGAUCUUUUAUAGAGAAGACAAAUGAAAUGCAUAUUACAAUGUAAUUUUCAGUUUGCUCGUUCUAUACAAACAUGGCACUGCCUUCUAGAUUCAGCUUUUAACCAGGGACACGAUUCGCCUUUAUAAAAUGUCUUCAUUAAAAAAAAAAGUCUUGAUUUAA